AUGGGUGAGAAAGUAUUGUUAAGCCCUGAGAUUGUGCGAGACACGAAUGAGAAAAAUUGUAUUAUUCGAGAAAGGUUAAAAGUAGCUCAAGAUAGACAGAAACGUUAUGUUAAUAAGCGUAGAAGAGAAUUAGAGUUCCAACUAGGUGAAAAGGUGUUUCUACAAGUUUCACCUUGGAAAGGCUUACUAAGAUUUGGGGAAAGAGGUAAAUUGAGCCCAAGAUAUAUUGGCCCAUAUGAAAUCCUUAAGAGAGUAGGUGUUGUCGUAUAUCGAUUGGCCUUACUGCCUGAAUUAUCUAAGAUACAUAAUGUUUUUCAUGUUUUUAUGCUUCGCAAGUAUGUGCCUAAGCCCAUUCACAUUCUUUGGCAACAACCAAUUCAAUUAAAUGAGGAUUUGAGUUACCAAGAAGGGCGAAGGAGAAUUAUCGAUGUAAAACAACAAGUGCUUUAUACUAAAACCAUUCCUUGGGUUAAGGUGCAUUGGAAAAAUCACUCAGUGGAGGAAGCGACUUAG